UCGUCCGUCGCUGUGCAUCGUGGGACCACAACAUUUCGGUCCCUCCCCACAUCAUGAGUUAAAUUUAUCAUUUUUGCCCGUUGUUUUGACCACCACAGUAUGGUUAGAAUUUUAGCUAACGGUGAAAUCGUACAGGACGACGAUCCAAGAGUACGGAGACCCAACCAACAACGCCAGCAAGCCACACGGAGGCAGGGGUACAUCCGGCAUGAUGAGCAGCCAAAUGUUGGUCCAGGAGGACAGCAUGUACAGCAAGUUUCCAUGUUCGACGCUAUAAACCAGAAACUCUUGGCGCUGGGAAUCCCUCGUUUUCAGCUUAUGGGCACAACCGUGGAACCCAUUGCGACUGUUGGCGUGACCGUUGUGUUCCUGUUGAUGGGUGUGAGAGGACUGCUGUUCAUUGGGCUGCUGUUUGGAGUGUCGUACCUCAGCCGACAACAGUGAGGGCUGGCCAGGGCACCAUUAAAACAUUGCAGAAAUCAA